AUGGCCUACGACCGCUUUAUUGCCAUCUGCAGACCCCUGCACUAUGGGACCCUCAUGGACAGCAGAGCUUGUGUCAAAAUGGCAGCAGCUGCCUGGGCCAGUGGUUUUCUCUAUGCUCUCCUGCACACUGCUAACACCUUUUCAAUACCACUCUGCCAAGGCAACACAGUAGACCAGUUCUUCUGUGAAAUCCCCCAGAUCCUCAAGCUCUCCUGCUCACAUGCCUACCUCAGGGAAGCUGGGCUUCUUGUGGUCAGUGCCUGUUUAUUCUUUGGGUGUUUCAUUUUCAUUGUGCUGUCCUACGUGCAGAUCUUCACUGCUGUGCUGAGGAUCCCCUCUGAGCAGGGCCGGCACAAAGCCUUUUCCAUGUGCCUCCCUCACCUGGCCGUGGUCUCCCUGUUCAUCAGCACUGCAGUGUUUGCCUACCUGAAGCCCCCCUCCCUCUCCUCCCCAGCUCUGGAUCUGGUGGUGGCUGUUCUGUACUCGGUGGUGCCUCCAGCAGUGAACCCCCUCAUCUAC